AUGCUAGCUAUUGUAUCGGCGCGGAUCAAUUCGAGCGCGAUCGGCAAGCCGACGGUUCUCACACGAUUUGUUUCUCAGGCUCGGGGAUUGACCGGGUGGAGGUCGACUUUGAAGACUGAAUCGAUAUCUUCUGGUCUGUCUGGAGAUAGUCAGGCAGGGUCGAGCUUCAAGUUAGUCGAUUCGACAGGUCUGGAGGAGUUCAGGUCCGAUUUCUCGAUAUCAGCUGCGGGCGCUUCGACUUCGACUUCGUCAUCGACAUCGACACACACCCCACCUCAGACACAAAAGUACAAGAAGACGCUGAGACAGGCAAGCGCAAGCUUGGCCGGAUUUCGAGGUCUAGAGUCGUUGGCCAAAUCUCAGAUCAGGCAGGUCGGCACAAUGGCAUCGAUGGAGAAUUGCGAUAAGGAAGUGUCCUCGUCUGGAGACAAUACGGCAACAUCACCUUCCACAGCGCCGUCUGCGGAACCGCCGCUGCCGAAACUCUCUGCUGCCGAGUUCAGAACAUAUAAUCGCCUGGCUGUGAUGAUGGAUGCAUAUCACAAUCAUUUCCGAUACACCUGGAAUUUGCUGUACAAGGCGUGUACGACGGGCUCGCGGCCAGCAGGAAUGCCAAUCCGGACCUUCAUAUCGCAAGGCAUGCACCUCUGCCACGCCCUGACAGUUCACCACACCAUUGAAGAACAGCACAUCUUCCCGGAGCUGGCGGAACGGAUGCCCGUGUUCGCGCCGCAGGAACUCUUGAUCUCGCAGCACGAGCAGAUCCACGAAGGUCUGGAAAAGCUCGAGGAGUAUCUCAAGGCAUGCCUGUCCGGCGAGAGGGAGAUGCGAUUGCCGGAGCUGAAGGAGGUUAUGGAUUCGUUUGGAGAUGUGCUUUGGACACACUUGGAUGACGAGGUGCGGAUGCUCGGGGCCGAGAGUAUGCGCAAGCACUGGUCAAAAGAGGAGAUUUUGUCGAUGCAUUGGUGA